AUGGACCUCGAUCUCAAGACCGCUACUCCUAUCGAUCCGAUUUGUGAUAUACUGUCGCAAUGCUCAGAGCUUCGGGUUGUGAGGAUGCGCAUCGAUGACUCAAACAGAUCCUCUGCCAGUACUCUCGUCAAGUUAUUGAAACUUGCGCACCUCGAAGUGUCCUCCGAUCCUGCAGCUAUUUCCAGUCGGCUUGAAGCGCCAUUACUCCAGAAGCUUCAUCUACAACAAUACUUGUAUUGUGACAUACCCAGGGGGUAUAAUGCAUUGGACAGGUUCUUGGUUCGAUCACAAUGCAAUCUGAAAUAUCUGGAGCUCGCAGACAAGUCGAUCAGUGACAAUAGUCUCAUCCAGUAUCUUCGUCUACCAAGUCUACGGCCGUUGAUAUCCCUGAAGAUUAGAGAGCCAACCCUGUCGAAACGAGCUUUACGCUGCUUCGCAGCGCCGUCUAGAGGACGCGAGGACGCGUACGGUGUCCUUCCUCUCCUGGAAUCGUUUACCUCGAGCAAAUGUGCUUUACCUGCCGGCGCCCUCCCGGAAGUCUUCGCAUCUCGCUCGCCUCAGUUGAGAUACACGCCUCAGAAGUCGUUGACGCUGAAAUUGCCCACAACGAAUCAUGCCGACGCAGCAUAUCUAGACUCGCUCGCGGCGACGGGGACGAGCGUAUGUUUAACGUAG